CCUUUCCACCUUCAGGGAAAUGCCCAUCCUUGUUCUCACCUUGUUCCUUUCCUGAGACCAGUGGACCAGGCAAAUUCACCCUCCAAACAGGAAACCCCUGGCCAGUGCCCUCGAGUCAUUCUGAGGCUUAGGCGUGGGGGUAAAACUUCCUGAGCGGAGCCUCCCUGGCCCUGCCCAGAGCCCAAGGGCUUUCAUUAGUCCCCCACACUUAUCUUGAAAACACAGCUGCUGUCAGCUUGUCUUGGCCCUUCUCUCAGCCUGCCCAGAGUCAGCAGCGCCAUGGGGAACUGUCUCUACCCGGUGAAGCCCUCCAGCUCAAUGGACCAGAACAUAAGUCACUUUAUGUUUGAAGACUUCGGGAAUUACUCUGAUGAGGGGAACAACUCUUACCAGUCCCUUGAAGACUACGAGAUACCGGAUUCAGUGGCCCCCUGCCAUUCCUGUAACCUGUUGGAUGACUCCUCACUACCCUUCUUCAUCCUUGUCAGCGUCCUGGGUGUGCUGGGGAGUGUUGCUGUUCUCUUUGCACUUCUCCGACCUCUCUUCCACUGGCAGCUCUGCCCUGGAAGGCCCUUUCUAGCUCAGUUGGCAGUGGGCAGUGCCCUCUUCAGCCUUGUAGUGCCUAUUCUGGCACCAGGGCUAAAUAGUGCCCACAGUACCACUCUGUGCCACCUAGGCUCCUGGGUCUGGUACAGCUCAGCCUUUGCCCAGGCUUUGGUGAUAGGGAGCCAUGCCUGCCUGGGUCCCAAACUGGGAGCAAACCCCAUCCCAGGCCUUACCCUGGGCCUCACUGUGGGACUUUGGGGAGUGGCGGCCCUAUUAGGGUUGCCAAUCACCCUGGCCAGUGACAGCUUCUGUCUCCUGGUAUCUCGGAGGGGCCUGGGGGUUUGGCAAUCCACACAUGCUGUGAUCUGCUUUGCCAUCUUCACCUUGUUGCCACUGUGUUUGUUGGGAGUCAAGGGGUUGAAGAAGGCACUGGGCAGAGGCCCGGGCCCCUGGGUCAACAUCCUGUGGAUCUGGUUUAUUUUCUGGUGGCCACAUGGGGUGGUUCUGGGAUUUGACUCCCUAGUGAGGUCCAGAGUCUUGCUGUUGCCAACAUGUUUGGCCCAGCAGAUUCUAGACCUGAUGCUGCACCUGGCAGAAGCCGUGGCCAUAGUGCACUGCGUGGCUACGCCCCUGCUCCUGGCCCUGCACUGUCACCAGGCCACUGGAACUUCCUUGCCUGCCAUGUCUCUCCCUGAAAGAGGAUCUCCUCAUCUGGACCCCUUAGGAAGCAAAUGCUAAAUCUCUUUCCCUCUCUCGACCUGAAUUAAAGCCUCUACUGCUUUUAUAAAGUG